AUGCCCGAGUUCCUGGAAGACCCCUCGGUGUUGACGAAAGAGAAGUUGAAGAGUGAGUUGAUCGCCAACAAUGUGACGCUCCCGACCGGAGAGCAGCGCAAAGACGUGUACGUGCAGCUCUACCUGCAGCACCUUACGGCGCGCAACCGGCCGCCGCUGGCCGCCAGCGUCAACAGCAAGGGGCCCCCUGACUUCUCCAGCGACGAGGAGCGUGAGCCCACCCCGGUCUUCGGCUCCGGGGUCGCCGCCGCGGGCCGGGGCCGCGCCUCCGUCGGCAGGAAAGCUACAAAGAAAACGGAUAAACCCAGACUAGAAGAUAAAGAUGAUCUAGAUGUAACAGAGCUCACCAAUGAAGAUCUUCUGGAUCAGCUUGUAAAAUAUGGAGUGAAUCCUGGCCCCAUUGUUGGAACAACCAGGAAGCUAUAUGAGAAAAAGCUGCUGAAACUAAGGGAACAAGGAACAGAAUCCAGGUCAUCUACACCUCUGCCAGCAGUUUCUUCUUCAGCAGAAAACACAAGGCAGAAUGGAAGUAAUGACUCUGACAGAUACAGUGACAAUGAAGAAGGAAAGAAGAAAGAACACAAGAAAACGAAGUCCACUAGGGAUUUUGUUCCUUUUUCUGAACUUCCAACUACUCCCUCUGGUGGAUUUUUUCAGGGUAUUUCUUUUCCUGAAAUCUCUACCCGUCCACCUUUGGGUAGGACUGAACUACAGGCAAAGAAAGUACAUACUUCUAAGGGAGACGCACCUAGGGAACCUGUUAUAUCUACAAUGUUGCCUAUAAGAGGACAGUUGGAAAAGUUAGUCUCAGGGGAGAAUUUGUUUAUAUCCUCCAAGUCUACCCAGGAUAGGGGUUUAGAGGAAGGUUCAUCUUCUCAGCAUCAGUUUGCUGGUAGGUUGGUCUCUGCUACAGGCUCUCCACUAAUUAAAGAAACCACUACUACUCACUAUAAAGAAAUAAUAGAAAAUAUUUGCCGUGGAGAAAAAAGUGGAAAUCGGCCAUUAUAUACUGAAAGGCCUCAUAGUUCAGAUCAGUUGAUAUUCUCCAGUGAAAGAGAGGAAUUAGAAGAGUCUGAGAGAUCUCAAGUAAUUUCUCCACCACUUGCCCAGGCAAUCAGAGAUUAUGUCAAUUCUCUCUUGAUCCAAGGUGGGGUAGGUCAUUUACCUGGGACUUCUCUCUCUCUACCCCCACUGGAUGUAGAAAGCACACGGAAGAGAACUGAUCGAUCUAAUUUUCAGGAAGCUGAAUCCCAGUCUCCCCCACGAAAAGUCCCUAGAUGUAGUGAAAAGUCAGUGGAAGAAAGAGAUUUGGGUUCCUUUACAUCUUUUCAAAAUACAUCCGGAGAUGAAUCAAUGUCGUCUUGUGCUAAAACUGUUGUUUCUCGCUCACUCACUACAUUAGGCAUUGAAAUGUCUAAGCAAUCAAGACGUGAUAAAAUAAAUUCCUCUGAACUCUCCUUCCCCCUACAUGAAUCUAUUUUAAAAGUAAUUGAAGAGGAAUGGCAGCACAUUGACAAGCAACUGCCCUCGUUGGCAUGCAAGUAUCCAGUUUCUUCUAGAGAGGCACCAGAGAUAUUAUCAGUUCCCAAAGUAGAUGAUGAAAUCCUAGGGUUUAUUUCUGAAGCCUCUCCACCAGGAGAUACUCAAGCAGCCUCCACUGAGGCUUGUGAUAAACAGUUGGAUUCAGCACUUUGUAAAACAUAUGAAGCUGCAGCAUCAGGUUUGCAGAUUGCAACCCAUACUGCCUAUGUAGUUAGAGCUAUGCAGAAAGACAUUAGCCAGGCUGCACAACUUCUUCGUUCUGAUCCUAGUCAGACACCCCAAGCCCUUGAGAUUCUGAGUAAAACAUAUGAUGCAGCCUCAUUUCUUUGUGACGCUGCAUUUGAUGAAGUGAAAGUGGCAGCUCGUACCAUGGCAUCGUCCACUCUUGGGCGACGCCGUCUCUUGCUGAAAGAUUGCAAAAUUAGUCCAGCUUCCAAGAAUAGACUGGCAGCUAUCCCCUUUAAAGGUGGAACAUUAUUUGGAGGAGACGUGCAUAAAAUAGUUAAAAAACGUGGGACUAAAAACUAA